UUGUUGAUCACCUGUACUCCAGCACGAGAGCUCCUGCUUAAUAAUUCUCUGCUCUCAGAACAUGGAGGAAAAUGAUGAUGAAAAAUACAAUCAAGCUGGCCAGAUAUUUGAAAACUUUGUACAGGCAUCAACAUGCAAAGGCACCAUUCAGGCCUUCAAUAUUCUCACUCGCCAACUUGACUUAGAUCCUUUGGACAACAGAAACUUUUACACCAAACUAAAAUCGAGAGUGACCACAUGGAAGGCCAAAGCUUUGUGGAACAAGCUUGAUAAGAGAGCAAGUCACAAAGAGUAUAAACGUGGGAAGUCUUGUAUGAACACUAAGUGUUUAAUUAUUGGAGGUGGCCCCUGUGGCCUGCGGACUGCCAUAGAGCUUGCCUUCCUGGGAGCCAAGGUUGUCGUGGUGGAGAAGCGGGACACUUUCUCCAGGAACAACGUGCUGCACCUCUGGCCCUUCACCAUCCACGACCUUCGGGGACUGGGAGCAAAGAAAUUUUAUGGCAAGUUCUGCGCAGGAUCUAUUGAUCACAUCAGUAUUCGACAGCUUCAACUCAUCCUCUUCAAAGUAGCACUUAUCCUUGGAGUGGAAAUUCACGUGAACCUGGAAUUCGUGAAAGUCCUGGAGCCUCCUGAAGAUCAAGAAAACCAAAAGAUGGGUUGGAGAGCUGAAUUUCUCCCCAUGGAUCACCCUUUGUCAGAGUAUGAAUUUGAUGUUAUCAUUGGUGCAGACGGCCGCAGGAACACGUUGGAAGGCUUCAGGAGGAAGGAAUUUCGUGGAAAGCUGGCUAUAGCAAUCACUGCCAAUUUCAUAAACAGAAAUACAACUGCAGAAGCCAAGGUAGAAGAAAUCAGUGGGGUUGCUUUCAUCUUCAAUCAGAAGUUCUUCCAGGACCUGAAAGAGGAAACGGGGAUUGACCUGGAGAAUAUUGUUUACUAUAAAGACAGCACGCAUUAUUUUGUGAUGACAGCAAAAAAGCAGAGUCUUCUGGACAAAGGAGUGAUUAUUAACGACUCUGUUGACACUGAGCUGCUGCUCUGUGGGGAAAAUGUGAACCAGAGCAAUUUGCUGUCCUACGCCAGAGAAGCUGCUGACUUUGCAACCAACUACCAGCUGCCUUCCUUGGAUUUUGCAAUUAAUCAUUAUGGCCAACCAGAUGUAGCAAUGUUUGAUUUUACCUCCAUGUAUGCAUCUGAAAACGCUGCACUGGUGAGAGAGAGGCACAGACAUCAGCUCCUGGUGGCUCUUGUUGGAGAUAGUUUGCUUGAGCCCUUCUGGCCAAUGGGCACUGGCUGUGCACGAGGCUUCCUGGCUGCCUUUGACACGGCGUGGAUGGUGCGGGGCUGGGCGCAGGGGAAGCCCCCGCUGGAGAUCCUGGCUGAACGAGAGAGCAUUUAUCGACUCUUGCCUCAGACGACCCCUGAAAACAUUAAUAAGAACUUUGACCAGUACACCAUUGACCCAGGAACAAGAUACCCAAACUUGAACUCGAGCUGUGUUCGACCUCACCAGGUGAGACAAUUAUAUGUUACCAAUGAGCUACAGCAGUGUCCUCUUGAGAGAGUGAGCUCCAUUAGAAGAUCAGUGAACCUCACAAGACAGGAGUCAGAUAUUCGACCUAACAAGCUUCUGACGUGGUGCCAGAAGCAGACGGAGGGAUACCGAAACGUCAACGUCACUGACCUGACCAGCUCCUGGAAAAGUGGCCUUGCCCUGUGUGCCAUCAUCCAUCGCUUCAGGCCUGACCUCAUUGACUUCGAGGCGCUGAACGAAGAGGACGCGGUGAGGAACAACCAGCUGGCCUUCGACGUGGCCGAGCGGGAGUUCGGCAUCCCCCCGGUGACCACGGGCCAGGAGCUGGGCUCGGCCGGGGAGCCCGACAAGCUCAGCAUGGUGCUCUACCUGUCCAAGUUCUACGAGCUGUUCCGCGGCACGCCGCUGCGCGCAGUCGAUGCUGCUGAGAAGCAAAAUGGAGAAAAUAAUGAUCCUGAUUCACUAAAAUCAUCAAAUUUCAUCUUUAAUAAUUAUAUCAAUUUAACUUUACCAAGAAAACGAGUACCAAAGGCUGAAGGGAAAACAGAAGAGAAUGAGACGAACAAGAGGCGUCGGAAGGGCCUCUUUGGUGUCUUUGAGCAGACUUCAGGCUUUCCAAGCCAGGGGACAAACAGUGGGAAAGAACAGAGCGAAUGCAGAGAAGGAGUGAACCAGAACAAAGUCAAAUCUAUGGCAACUCAGCUGCUGGCAAAGUUUGAAGAGAAUGCUUCAAAUACAGUUCUGAGGAGACAGGAGCUAACAGAUAGACCAGCCCUGCUCUCCUCUGACCCUCCUGUUAAUCCUCGCUUUGCUAAACCUAUGGAUCCAAGCCUUCUUCCACCUCAACCAAAAAGGCAGUUUCAGGUGGUAGCUAGGAGUGAGCACGAGGUCAGGGAACCCAAACAGUCUUUAAAUGGUUCUGAUCAUAUGGCCAGGAGAGCAAAGACUGUGCACAAAACAGAUCCCCAGCCCAGUCUGUCAGAAACCUCUGAAAAUCUCGCCUCUGCCUGUUCUGCUGCAUUUGUACUUUCUGGAGUGCUUGAGCGUCUUCAGCACCUGGAGGAAAAAAUGAAACAGAAAAGAGCUCAGACCAUAGCAAAUAGGGAAUUCCAUAAAAAGAACAUUAAAGAGAAAGCAGCACAUCUCGCCUCAAUGUUUGGAUACAUGGAGUUUCCAAAGAAUAAGCUACCUACUAAAGGCUUACCCCAUUCUCAGCCCCCAACUCCCUCUUGCCCUCCACCUCAUCAUUCAGCUGUUGCUGCUUCAUCAUCUGUUGGUUCAGCUUCCUCUGCUGUUUCUUCUCAACAGGGUUCUCUGCGAAAAGAAUUCCCCAAGUCCAUCGGGGGCAGUGACAUCUGCUAUUUCUGCAAGAAACGGGUCUAUGUCAUGGAGAGGCUGAGUGCAGAGGGCCACUUCUUUCACAGGGAGUGCUUCAAGUGUGAAAUCUGUUCUACAACACUCCGCUUAGGAAUUUAUGCCUUUGAUGUUGAAGAAGGUAAAUUUUACUGUAAACCUCAUUUUACACACUGCAAAAUCAGUACGAAACACAGAAAGAGAAGGGCAACAAUACAGAUCCAUGGAAAGGAGGCGAUAGACGCGUGGAAGAAAGUGGAAGCCAAACCCACAGAGAUCACCACAGAAAGCAGUUUGUCCACUGCUAGCAGUCCAGAGGACAGGUCCCCAGGUAUCCUGACUUCCUUCUUAGGGGGCACGCUAAGCUGGCCCCUGCGGGUGACCAGGGAUCUGCUUGACAUUCCCAGCCGCCUGUCUAACUGGAUGCAUGGUGUCCUGCACGCUACCCACCUCCAUUUCAGGGACAAUGCAUAUAACUAUACCUACCUGUACGAACUCUUGAGCCUUGGGGUGCCACUCCUCUGCGCUCUCCUAGAGGUACUCACUCACAUGUACCGGGAAGCAGAGCUAUCACUUGAAAACAUACUUGAAUGGGUGAAAAGAUUCUGUAGGGUUUGAAUCUUUCCGCGUGUCUUGCUCAGUUGUGCCUUUCAAAUUUUCAAAAUUAACAGCCUGGCUAUUUUCUCGAGGGGAAAUUUUGGUUUGGAGGGCUUUGUUUUUGCUCUUCGUGCAA